AUGCUGGGCCACUCGCCUACAUGGACCACUCGCUUACCGAUUACGUUAACCGGGAAUGACUCAAAUGGGUGGAGAACGGCUGCUGCGGAUAUUCCAUCUCCGCCCCACGGCUCUUAUAUGUUUAGUUUCAACAGCAAGGCCUGCUGGCCCAAUGGUAAGGCGCUUGACUACGAAUCAAGAGAUUGCAGGUUCGAGCCCUGCGAUGUGGUCGAAGACUGUCUAUUUUUGGUCAUGGGCUUUGGUGCUGCAAAGUCUGAGGCGAAGAUAUGCACCCAAGUCAGUCUUGUGCAAGUAUAUAAACGCCGCCCAGUGAGAUGGGCCUCUAUGUACAUACCUGUUGGCAAUGGGAAGAUACAGCUACAGUGGGGGGGUGUCGGUAAUGAUGAUUCUGGUUAUUUUUACCUGCAGUUCGAUUGCAACCCCGCGACUCUGUGUCAGGGUGGUGCUUCAGCUUGUUCGUGCAGCAACUUUCCUCGGCUUGCUGUAUGGCAAGAGGGAGGGGCAUACAGUGGCAGUUCGAGACAAGCCCGACAUAUAUUCUACCCGGGGACCAAGAACCUGGAGCACUCUUGCCACAUGCGAAUCAGAAUGGUUGUAGUUACCCACGACAUUGCGACAAGCCACAACAGACCGAUAUCCCAUAAAGUUCAGAAUUGCAUGGCAACAGACACCUCUACUGGCAUUUCAGCCAACCUAGAUAGAGGCUAA